AAUUAUUGCACGUUGUAAUAUUUCAAAUUUCGCGGCUUCUCGUCUCCUGGCAACAGCAUGGCGUCGUCUUGCACCUACCGCCUGCGCGCCAGGGCUGCGCAUUAGAUCUGUCGACGUAUCAGACAGCUGGCUAACUUGUGAUAAGUUGUAUUUUAUUAACACACGGUUUCUUGGAGAAUUUCGACAUUUUUGAAAAUGAGCUCAUGGAUACAGAAAAUGCGGUCCAUUCCGACACAUAUGGACUAUGAUGGCCAAGCUAGGGCGGAAAGAUUGUACAGGAUCAUAAUUUCUGUAUUUGGAGUGGUAGGCUUCAUAUGGGGCUACAUAAUCGAAGAGUUCUCACAGACGAUAUACAUAUUGGCGGCAGGCUCCGUAUUGGCAGCCAUCCUGACAUUACCACCCUGGCCAAUGUACCGACGUAAACCGCUAGAGUGGCAAAAACCACAAUCCGAAGUGCCAUUGAAGAUAAAGAAAAAGAAAUAGUCGUUAGUCCAUGAUUCCUUGAUAAGUGUGUACGAAGAAAGCGGAGUGAAAACCUUACUUUAUAUUCUUGGAAUUUAAUUACAUGUUUGGCUAUCGCUUAAAGGUGUCAUAAUAUGGUACAAGGGAUAGGUAUCAAUUUCAAAAGAGGACUAUAACCGGCACUUUCUAAAUGUAAAUCCAAUUUCAUCGUUCAGAUUAUUGCGACGUAAGGUGAUACAAGCAUUUAUUUAACUCAAUGUGAAGUAUUAAUUUAGAGGCCUCGAGUGUCGACAGUGAAAGUGUUCAAACAGUAUCCACCUAAUAGUAGCACUGAUUUCUACUAUUUUAAAUAAACUAGCUCGUCUGAUCCGUUGGAA